AUGGUUUCAGUGAGAAAGAGAAAGAUGGCUAGGUCCUCAGUGGGCAAAGCUACUAGAAGAAAUAAGGACAAGCAAAGGAAGAUAAACAUAACGUCGAAUCCCAUCAUCGCAGCACAUUGGGAUUACUCUCUUACUUUAGCACAGAACUAUAAGAAGCUCGGAUUGCGGGCGAAGUUACAAGCACCUGCUGGAGGUCAAGAAGCAGAUCUUUCGAAAGAGAACAAGAAGAAGCCGCUUGGCAGACAUGCUAAUGAAUCAGAUGACGAUGAAGAUGAAGUGGACGACGAACAAGAUGGGGACGAACUGAAUCGUGAAGAGCUAAACAGUGACGGCGAGUACUUGGAAGAAAAGAUCCCCGAAGGUGAAGCUAGAAUUCAGCGAGAUGAGAAUGGCGACGUGAUCAAGGUUGUUUAUGGUAAGAUGAACACCACCGAUGGGGAAGAAGGUAAGACCCAAGCUACGACCGAGGUUGUUAAAGAGCUGGAAUCGUUUGCCUCUAGACCUCUUGUGAGAGUCGAGAGGAAUCAGAGUACUAGAGAAGAAGAAUGGUUGGCUACUUUGUACAAAAAGCAUGGUGAUGACUAUAGAAAGAUGUUCUUCGAUAAGAAGCUCAACAUCUAUCAACAAAGUGAAGGUGAUCUGAAAAGAAGAAUACGCAAGUGGAAGAAGAGACAUGGAAUCGCCUAA